GCCGGGUUGGAGCAGUCUGCAGCGGGUGCGGCCGGCGAGGACCGGAGAGGGGCUCUGGGCUCAGGAUGGCGGCGGCGGAGGCAGUACACCACAUCCACCUGCAGAAUUUCUCCCGCUCGCUGCUCGAGACCCUCAACGGGCAGCGACUGGGCGGGCACUUCUGCGACGUGACCGUGCGCAUCCGUGAGGCUUCGCUGCGCGCACACCGCUGUGUGUUGGCCGCUGGCUCACCCUUCUUCCAGGACAAGUUGCUGCUGGGCCACUCUGAGAUCCGCGUGCCGCCGGUGGUGCCUGCGCAGACGGUGCGCCAGCUCGUCGAGUUCCUCUACAGUGGCUCGCUUGUGGUGGCGCAGGGCGAAGCACUGCAGGUGCUCACCGCCGCGUCUGUGCUGCGCAUCCAGACGGUCAUUGAUGAGUGCACGCAGAUCAUCGCUCGCGCCCGCGUCCCUGUCCCAGGCACCCCCGCACCCCCGCCCUUGCCCACGCCCGUGCCCCCGCCACUCGCGCCCGCGCAACUGCGCCACCGCCUGCGUCACUUGCUGGCCGCACGCCCCCUGGGCCAUAGCGGUGCGGUGCACAGCCGCAAGCAGCGUCAGCCUGCGCGCCUGCAGCUGCCCGCGCCCCCUGCGUCUGCCAAAGCUGAGGGCUCGGCCGCUGACCCGGUCCUGCCUGCGGCCCCAGACGAGGGCGGUGAGGAUGAGGAUGAGGAUAGCGAAGAGGAGACUGAUGGCGAGGACGAAGGCGGCGGCCCGGGCGAGGUCCAGGCACCCACUUCCUUCCCUGACUGCGCAGCUGGCUUCCUCACCGCUGCCGCUGAGAGCGUGCGCGAGGAGCCACCUGCACCCUCUGGCCUCUCUGACUAUGGCAUCGGGAGGGACUUCCUUCCCGGGCCUUCGGCGACGGAGGACGUGUUCCCCGACAGCUACGUCUCCACUUGGCAAGAGGAAGAAGGCACAGCCAUGGAAGGCUGUCCCACUGAGACCCCAGCCCCACCCGAUUGUGUCCUGUCCGGACCCCGCCCGCCUGCCUUGAAGACCCCUGGGCCCCCUGUAGCUCUUUUCCCCUUUCAUCUGGGUGCUCCAGGGCCACCAGCGCAGCCCCCUCCGGCACCCUCCGGGCCAGCCCCUGUGCCCCCAACCGCCUUCUAUCCUGCGCUCCAGCCGGAGGCAGCCCCCAGCACAACUCUCGGGGAUGCCCCGGCACCGCCCGCCGCUCCUACCUCUGCUCCUUUGGUCCACCCUGCACGCACCCCGGGUUCUGAGCCUCCUGCCUAUGAGUGCAGUCACUGCCGCAAGACUUUCAGCUCCCGGAAAAACUACACCAAGCACAUGUUCAUCCACUCCGGGGAGAAGCCCCACCAGUGUGCCGUGUGCUGGCGAUCUUUCUCACUGCGCGAUUACCUGCUCAAGCACAUGGUCACGCAUACGGGCGUGCGCGCCUUUCAGUGCGCUGUCUGUGCCAAACGCUUCACGCAGAAGAGCUCGCUCAACGUGCACAUGCGUACACACCGGCCUGAGCGUGCGCCCUGCCCAGCCUGCGGCAAGGUCUUCUCUCACCGCGCGCUGCUGGAGCGCCACCUGGCUGCACACCCUGCGCCUGAUCCGGACCACACUGACCGAGGGUUUGACCACGCUCCCACAGUCGGCCACACCCUUCGUGGGGUCUCAAUAGCCAGUGGGGCUAAGCCACGCCCACUGCAGGACCCCUAACAUCCCCGCCCUCUGGGUCAAACCACCACCUUACCUUCUCCACAGCCAGCCAACCACAUUGUCCCCUGGACGCAGGCCCUAUCCCUGCCUCUACCAUCUUCUCCACUAGCCAGGGGCCCAACUUGCAUUACUCCUACGUAUUCUGACCCUUCCAAGUUUGGUGGGCUGGUGCUGGGACUGGUCAGGGACCCGACCACCUCUGAGAACUGAAUCAUCAGACUUGGGGCAGGGCCCAGGACUCGUGGCUCUAACUCCGAUUCAUGCCCACCACCUCCCCUGAGGGGGGUGAGGCCUAGGGCUGUUUCCCUAUUCCAGUGCCACGCUGAGUGAGAUCCCUGGAACCCUCCCCAGCCACCUCAUCUGGCACCUAGGAGGGCUCAGAUGAACCCAUCAUGGAUUUUGUAAUAAAGGACUGGCUGGUG